AUGGACCAAGCUCCCAAGGUCGAUCGCGACGCGACCACCCCGUUCCUCUUGAAGGUCUACUACAGAACCGGCGCGUUUCACAGACCAGAUGAAUUCUCCGCGCCCGACAACCUGCCUCAUGUGUCCUUCCACACCUGGCCCUCAGCAACCCUCGCCGAGCUCAGCCACCAGCUCGCCGCCACCGCCUCACACCUCCUGCCUCUGCCCGCGAUAGGCACACGCCUCGCCUUUCGCCUCCUCUACUAUGACACCCGCGGCGCGGGGGACCAGGACCAAGUGCCGGCGCGCUGCGUGGUCAAAGACCUCGGCUCCGUGGUAAUCGGCGAUGGCGGGCCGGGCAUCUCCACAGACGGGGACGACGUCGGAGGGGAUGUGGUGGGCGACGGCAGGCUACGGCAGGGCGCCACGGCGGGCUCCGCGGCCGAGAGCGCAAAGUCGCUGGCAGACGCGCGGUUCGUGGUUGGGGACUUCCUCUCUUGCGCCAUACUGCCGCCCUCGCCGGCGGACGGGAGCGUGCAGCCUGCCUCGGCGGCGCGCGCCGGCAGGGGAUACGGCGCAGGCCAGGCCAGGAGCGCGGUCGACCCUGGACCCCCACCGAUGAGCAGGGGAGGCGGGCGGGAUGGCUGGUCUGCGGCUACGUACGGGCCCAGGGGAGGAGGCGGAGGAGGCUUCCGUGCCCCGCCGGUCGGCGAAUGGCGUAGGGGCGAGAAGCUCCCGGAGGGGCCUCCUGGGCGGGGCCGCGGCGGUAGACGAUGGAGAGAACACGGGGCCGCUCAGGUGGAUUGGGGAAGACUACACCAUGGAGACUACGCCUGA